GUAUUUUUGUCAGUUUUGCGCCUUCCUUAAAAGCGGUGCCCUGCACUUUCGGGCCAUCUGUACUGAGCUGCGCCAAGCUAAGCAUUUGUUCUCCAAAUGUCAACUAUCAAGGAGCAGCUUAUUGAGAAUCUAGUUGCGGAAGAUAAAGAUUCUCAGUGUAAAAUCACCAUUGUUGGGGUUGGUGCUGUAGGCAUGGCUUGCGCUAUUAGUAUCUUACUGAAGGGUUUGGCUGAUGAACUUGCCCUUGUUGAUGUCUCAUCCGAUAAACUGAAGGGAGAAACGAUGGAUCUUCAGCAUGGAAGUCUUUUCUUUAGUACUUCAAAGAUUACCUCUGGCAAAGAUUACAAUGUAUCUGCAAACUCCAAAAUAGUUAUUAUUACAGCAGGUGCAAGGCAGCAGGAGGGAGACAGUCGCCUUGCCCUGGUCCAGCGUAAUGUGAAUAUCAUGAAAUCAAUCAUUCCUACCAUAGUCCGUUAUAGUCCUAACUGUAAAAUGCUCAUUGUUUCAAAUCCAGUGGAUAUUUUGACGUAUGUAGUCUGGAAGUUAAGUGGUUUACCCGCAACUCGUGUAAUUGGGAGUGGUUGUAAUCUAGACUCUGCCCGUUUCCGUUACCUAAUUGGAGAGAAGUUGGGUGUCCAUCCUACAAGCUGCCAUGGUUGGAUUAUUGGAGAACAUGGUGAUUCUAGUGUGCCGUUAUGGAGUGGGGUGAAUGUUGCUGGUGUUGCUUUGAAGACUCUGAACCCUCAAUUAGGAACUGAUUCAGACAAGGAACAGUGGAAAAAUGUCCAUAAACAAGUUGUUUCAAGUGCCUACGAGAUUAUCAAACUGAAGGGGUAUACCUCUUGGGCUAUUGGACUGUCUGUGACAGAUCUGGUAGGAUCAAUUUUGAAAAAUCUUAGGAGAGUGCAUCCAGUUUCCACUAUGGUUAAGGGCUUAUAUGGAAUACAAGAAGAAAUCUUUCUCAGUAUCCCUUGCAUCUUGGGUCGGAAUGGUGUCUCAGAUGUUGUGAAAAUUAACCUGAAUUCUGAGGAGGAGGCCCUUUUCAAGAAGAGUGCGAGUACGCUUUGGGAUAUCCAAAAGAACCUAGCAAUUUAAAGCCGUUUUAUGUUCCACUGUUUUACAGAACAGAAGAUAGGAGACUGUAUAUUUUACAUUAUAAAAGUAUUUUCAUCUGAUCUGUAAAAAAUAAAAAAAAUUGGACACCUAUGA